ACACAUUUUAAGUAUUAAAGUGAAAUAAAGACAGUAGCAAUACCUAUAUAUAUGUACACCCACAAACUAAUAACAUAUUGCUUUUCAUUUUUUCAUAGGACCCAUUGAAUGUUGUCCAUAGGAAUCAAUUAGUUACUUGAUAUAAUUAUUCAUUUAGUCCUUGCCAUUUUUAUAUUUAAAAUAAUUUAUUCUAGUGCUUACUCAUACUAUUUUAAUAUGUUUUAAUUUUUAUACAUUAUUAUUGUUUUAUAGUCGAGCCUCAAUGAACAAAAAGAGAUUAAAAACAUUAUAAAUAUAAAUUAAAAUAAACUAUUUUCAAGAAUGAGAACCCAAAAAAAAAAUCAAGUAUGUCUGUUUGUUUAUUCAGUGAGAUUAAAUGAAAUCUAAUAAUUCACAAAACAAACCUCAAUCCUGUAAAUGAAGAUUUUCAUAAAAAAUAUAUAUUUAUAGAAAUUAAACAAAAACAAAAUCAGAGUACUUAGCAGUAAUUCAUUUACUGUAUAUAGAGUAUGCAGGAGAGAGAAAUGAACAUUUAUGCUCACAUGCACAUGCAUAAGGACAACAUCAUCCUCGUGCAAUCAAUCACGCACGCUAUUAGGGUUAGGGUGACAAAUUGACAAGAAACUCACUCUUGCAUUUACCCCAUUUCAUAAGGGAUGUGUCCUUCUUUUUAUUUCCCUCUUUAACUUCUCCUUGCCAUUUGGUACCAUCCCUAACUACCCCAUCAUCAUCUUCAAUCUUCAUAUAUAUAAAUAGCAAUGUAUUAUACUGUAACUUCAAUCCCACCACCAUUCAUAUAUAGUAAUAUUAUCUAUCACACAACUUCACUUUCACUUUCCAAGUACCAUGUUUUACCCUUUGAGAGAACCUUCAUGUUGUUACACUCCAAUCAUAAAUCACAACAAAAACAACCCUUCUUGUGUUCUUUUUACUCUUUCAUCACAAAACAACAUCUAACAUCUUUUGUCAAGAUCAACUUAGAUUUACAACAUAGGUGCUUUAAAUUUUUCAUUGUUUUACUGUGAUUUUGGAUCCUUCUAGCUCUCAUUCAAGCACUAGCUUAGAGUUAUCUGUGCUGCCAAAAGGGUGAUCACACACACUACUGUCAGUGUUCUUAGCUUUCAGUUCAUGGUUUGUGAAUGCAUGGAUAAUUUGCUCUGUGAUGAGGUGUGGCUUUCAAAUUCUGAAAACACCUUUGAAGAAGAAGUUGGUGACUUUGUUUCACUCAAGAGUUAUGAAAACAAAGAGUUUGAAGAGGCUUUUGCACUGUAUCUAGAGAAGGAGGCUUCUUCUUUGCCAGAACAAGAUUAUGCAAAGUACUUGCACUCCAACAGUUUGUUUGUUUCUAGGUGUAGAGUUAUUCAAUGGCUUGUCAAGUGUGGAAGUCACUUUAAUCUUUCUUUUGGAACAGUUUUCUUGGCUGUUAAUUAUCUUGAUCGCUUUGUAUCCAUUUGUCAAAGCAAUGAUUGGAAAUACUGGAUGCUUGAAUUGCUUUCUGUUUCUUGCUUAUCAGUUGCCAUAAAGUUCAAUGAGAAGUCAGAACUUUCCAUGAAUGAAAUUCAGGUGGAAGGCUUGAAUUACUCAUUCCAAUCAAGUGUAAUUUUGAAGAUGGAGUUGAUCCUAUUGAAGGCAUUGGGGUGGCACCUUAACUCUGUGACCAGUUAUUCUUUUGUGGAAAUUGUGGAUAACGAUUUCUUGGAAUCUCAUCUUUAUCAGAAGCUUAUUUCACCUGCCACUCAACUCCUUCUCCAAGCUACUUUAGAUCAGAAAAUGCUGGAAUUCAGGCCAAGCAUUAUUGGCAUAUCUGCAUUGUGGUGCACUCUUCAACACUUAUUUCCACAAACAUCAGAUACUUACAUUGCUUAUAUUAUGAGACUCUUGAACCAAAGUCAGAAGGAUGAUAUCAUAAAGUGUCAUGAGUUGAUGCAAAGACAGACUUCAUUCUGGUGUGAAAAUCAGCGCCAUUGCCCUUUAAGCCCAACAACAGUACUGUUGAACACAUCAACUCGCAUUUAUGAUGGCUAAAUCAAUCAAUGACUUCGUCUUUAUUUCUCAUCUUCAAACGCAUCCUUAACCUAUUCAAUUUUCUGAAAGAUUUUAAUGGUCAUAACCAGUGUAGUGAAUUAACCAUCACA